CUGAAUUUGUCAUGUUUGGAUGGUUGGAGACACAUGUUAAAAAGUGGGACCUUAUUUGCAACCAUUCUCUUGAAGGUACAAAGACUUUGAUAGUCCAAUGGAAGAAAAAUUAAGUACAUUUCUUAAAAACAGUAAAUCAAUACAGGGACCCACUACAAGAUAUAUACUUAACACAACAAAGGUAACUCAGAGUGAAUUACUAAGGAAAGAGAAGAUUGGAGAAAAACAUGAUAUACAACCUAAGGUCAUAUUGCUGGUUGGAGAAACAGGAACAGGAAAGUCCACUCUUAUCAAUGCAAUGGUCAACUACAUCAUGGGUGUCAGAUGGGAACACAAGAUUUGGCUGGAGAUAGUCGAGAUAUCAGACGAAACUGAGUCACAUACAACAGCAGUGACAGUUUAUGAGGUUUUUGCACAGGACAGUCCAUUCUCUCUCACCAUUAUUGACACACCUGGAUUUGGGGACACAAAGGGCAGUGAUAAAGACAAACUCAUUGGUGAAACUUUGCAGGAGUUGUUCAGAUCUGAGGAUGGGAUUCAUGAAAUUGAUGCAGUGUGUCUUGUGCUGAAGGUAACAGAAAAUCGUGUCCAUGAGAGACAACGAUAUAUUCUGGAUGAAAUUCUGUCAUUGUUUGGCAAAGAUGUAGAAAAACAUAUUCUUAUACUCGUAACAAACUCUCAUGAUACAGUACCCAAAAAAGUCCUUAAUUUAAUAAAACAAACAAAACUUCCAUGUGCAAAGAAGAAAGAUCGACCUGUUUAUUUUAAAUUUAACAACUGUCAGAGUGAAUGUUAUGAUGAGGAAGACAGAGAGUGUUACAAAUCAUCAUGGGACCAUGGAAUUGAAAACUUCAGGCAGUUCUUUGAUUAUCUGAAUGGGCUACACCCAAAAAGUUUAGAUAUGACUAAAGGUGUGCUGAGAGCCCGAAAGCAACUGGAUGCUUGUGUCAAUAAUUUAAAGGAUCGAAUCAAGCUGGCAGAACUCAGACAAACAGAGCUUGAGCAAACACAAACAGCUCUGAGGGAAUGUGAAAAUGACAGAAAAGAACGGAAGAACUUCCAAUGUGAGGUUGAUGAACCGUACAAAGAUUUGGUGAAGAUAGUGUCACCAUGGUGGCACUUAAGCAAAACAGCGACCCGCUGCACCGAGUGUAAAGAGAACUGCCACUAUCCAGGAUGCUGGUGGGUCAAAAAUCUCUCAUGGUGUAGUGUGAUGAAAAGGAUCGAAUCAAGCUGGCAGAACUCAGACAAACAGAGCUUGAGCAAACACAAACAGCUCUGA